AGCAAAAUGGCGGCGCUCAGCCCUCGCUCGCGAGGGGUGCUAUGGGCUGUUCUCUGGGGGUUGUUGGGGGCAACGGUCGCCCUCUUGGUCGUGGUGCUUGCUCGAACUUACUCCGUGCGGCCCCCUGCGUCAGCGCCUACGAUUUGGGCGCGGAAGGGAGAGCGGCAUAUAGACCCCGCUUUUAGCCCCCAGGAGCGACGGGAGCUAAAGGAGGCACUGAAAGGUGCCAUCCGACUGCAAACAGUUUCUUUUGCACCAGAUGACCAGAAUACAACAGCCCUGGCAGAGUUUGGGCCCUAUAUCCGUAAAGUCUUCCCUGCAGUGUUCUCUGCCUCAUUCAUCCAACAUGAAGUUAUUGGAGAAUAUAGCCAUCUAUUCACUGUCCAGGGCUCUGACCCUCAGCUACAACCUUACAUGCUAAUUGCACACAUAGAUGUGGUUCCAGCUUCCCCACCAGGAUGGGAUAUUGAUGACCCAUUCUCUGCGGAGGAACGUGAUGGGUUUAUCUAUGGACGAGGAACACUGGAUAACAAAAAUUCUGUUAUGGGGAUUCUGCAUGCUCUAGAAUUCUUACUGAGAAGAAAUUAUAGGCCUCGCAGGUCUUUCUAUAUUGGUCUUGGGCAUGAUGAAGAGGUGGGUGGUCAAAAAGGAGCAGUGAAGAUUGCAGCUGAGCUGGAAUCUAGAGGAGUGCAACUUUCUUACUUGCUUGAUGAGGGAAGUUUCAUUUUAGAAGGGGUCAUCACUGGAAUAAAGAAGCCUGCAGCUAUAAUAGCUGUCACAGAAAAAGGUGCAGUUACAACACAUCUCAGUGUGACAUCAGUGCCAGGUCAUUCUUCUGCACCACCUAAGAGGACAAGUAUUGGUAUUCUCUCUGAAGCAUUAUCCAGGUUGGAGCUGCAUCCCAUGCCCAGUCUGUUUGGUGAGGGGCCUGAAAGCAUGAUGUUUGAAGAAUUGGCCCCGGAGUUCAGCUUCCCUCUCAAUAUCAUCAUGGCAAAUCUGUGGCUGUUUGCUCCACUUCUUAGCAGGUUUCUUGAGCAAACACCUACCACUAAUGCCCUAGUUCGGACCACCACUGCAAUCACCUUGUUUCACGCGGGAGUCAAGUCUAAUGUUAUCCCACCAUCUGCAAAUGCAACAGUGAAUUUUCGCAUCCAUCCUGCCCAAACCGUUGAUGAGGUCCUGGAAAUAGUAGACAAAACGAUUAAUGAUAAGAGAGUGAAGAUAGAAGUAGAGAGUGCCUUUGAUCCACUCCCAGUUAGCCCCUGGGACGACCAGACCUUCGGACUGCAGGUUUUCCGGAAGACCAUCCAGGAUGUUUUCCCAGAUGUUGGCAGUGUGGCUCCAGGCAUUUGUAUUGGAAACACUGACAGCAGGCACUUCGGCAGCCUCACAAAUGCCAUUUAUCGAUUUAACCCAGUGGUCUUUAAACCUGAUGAUAUGCCAAGGUUCCACGGGUUGAAUGAAAAGAUCUCUGUUGAAAGUUUUGAAAAGCAAGUGGGAUUUCUCUUCCAGCUUAUUCAGAAUUCUGAUAUUGACCAGCCUCCAGAGCCUCAUGCAAAUUUUCACGAGCUGUAAGAACAAGAAAGUGAGGAGGCUUGUGGGUAUUAUUAGGGACUGGAAAUAAUCAAAGAAGCUGUGUUUCAUAUUGCUGUCUGUCCUGGAACUGAAUUAUUAGGAACAAUGGACCUGCAUACAGAUUUAAAGAAAUGAAGCUGCAGCUUUGCACUGCAUGCAGUUACAAAACAUACUAAAAACAGAACAAAUCAUUUCAGAUCAAAACAAAAGCAUUAAGCUUCGUGCUAUGUUGUGCCUUGCAACUACUGCAGCCCUGAGAAUCUUAAUGUUCACCAUACAGAACAGCAAAGUGUACAUAAUAAAGAUGGUUAAGCUGUUCUCUGAAAAGAAGGGGAGGACAAUUAUCCAUAAAGCUGGUCUCUCAAAACCUACGGGAGUUGUUCUGUUGUAUGCUGAUGGCAAUAGGUAUUGGCAGUAUUUGGUGCCAACUCUUCAGUAUUAAUCUUCUGAAGUGUGAACUUACUGCACUGUUUUCUUUUUAUUUUCCAAUUCUCUAGAAUGCCAGCAAACCAGUUUUCACUCCUACCAUGCACAUAUUUUCUGGCUGUUAUGUUUGCAGUGAUUUAAUUUCUUGAGUUGUGGUGCAUCUUUAUACCUAAAUAAUUAACAAGUGGAUUAAAAUACUUCCAAAUGUGGUAUAAAUAUUUCUGCUAUACUCACCAAAAAAAAGUAGCUUUCCAACUAAGCUUGUGCCAAAUUCAUAUAGAGCAUUGGGGGGGGGGAGAUUUAGAGUGCUCCGUAGGUAGAUGGGAGGGAAGAGCUGACAAGCGCCCUGUUUGCAUUUUCUUCCCCCAAAUCUCUCCUACCAGAGGGAAUGCUUCUGAUCCCUGAGCACCUCUGGAAGAAAAAUAGUUGGAAUGAAGCAUUAUGGGGAGGGAAAUCAUAGGCGGAUGGGAGAUUAAUCAGUUCUACCUGCUCAUACUGUACUUGCUGCCUGCCACCUGCCCCAUGUCCAUGAUAACCUUACACACAGUCUGCAAUCCUAAGGACACUUUUGUGGGUGUAAUGACCCAUUGAAUAAUACAGGACUUUCUGAGUAGACCUGCUUAGGAUGGCUCCCAUAGAGGUUUAGAUCAAUGAUAAUCUGAUUUGGUCUUCAAGCAUUUCUGUCUUGAUCUCAUUUUGACCAGGAUUUUUACAAGUGAGAUAUCUUAAAUGAUUCUUUCCAGGAAUCCCCCUCCCCAGGUUAGUUGGUCAGUCUUUUUUCAAAAUGCUGGACAUUCCACGGUAUCUAGAGCUGGCUAGGAAUUCACCAGCUCCUAAUCUAAAGCAGUAUUUUAAGAAAAAAACUUGCCUAGGCAAAAAUCAUUUUACUCAUUUCUGCUUGUGAUGGGGUGUUGAUUAAUGAAAGUUCUACUUGGCCAUAUUUAUGCUUGAAAACAGAUACUUUAAUUGCUGCUUCUUAGAAUAUGUGGGAACCAUGUUGCUGGAAUAUCAGACAUGUACGGUGUAGCCUUUUAGAGCAACUGAAUUCACUGGUAUAUUGUCGAAGGCUUUCACGGCCAGAGAAUGAUGGUCAUUGUGGAUUUUCUGGGCUGUAUCACCGUGGUCUUGGCAUUGUAGUUCCUGCAGUUGUUUUCUGAAGGCACUGUCAAUUUUGUCUUCCUUUAGUGGAAGGGCACUUGACUGGGCAAAAAAAUAAUAUCCAAGUUAAAUCUAACUGUGGAGUCUACCCUGCUUCUGUGUGCCAUUUAGCCGGGUCUGUUCCCUUUAAAACCACCAGGGGACAAGCUGCCAUAGAUCUUUUUCAAAGUGUUGUUUUGCAGUUGGCUGAGCCUUGUCACUAAAAGCUUGAAUAAAUAAUUGCCAAGAAGGCGAGCUUGAAUUGGAGGGGGAGGGGUGUACUACAGAUAUUUUAAUAUUUCUGUUGCUGCUUUGUUCUCAGGGAUGUUCAAAUGUCACAUUUUGGGGCUUGAAUGAUCUUCCUCAGAAUUUCUGGCAUAAAACAUGGUUAAAUGAAGCCUGCAGUGCCAGGAAAUAAAGAUAAUUAUGGAUGAUUA